ACUUCCGCCCAAAGCUUGUUCCGGGGUCUAAGACGGCGGGGCCGAUAGCGUUACUAUUGCUGAUGUUGGUAGUGCGGAGUUGGGCGCUCAUGGCGGAUUGAAUAGCGGCCACAGGAGCGGCGAGACGCCCGAGAGAGGGCCCUUACCCUCGUUAUCCUAUGCCCGCGCCGGUUGGUUCUGCUCCCCUGGCAAUGCACUUGAAGGUUUCAUCUCAGCCCCUCAAAGAGGACACGGCCUCCACUGGUCUCCGUUGUUAAAUGAAUUCCGUGUCACCCACCUCAGUGCAGUACUUAAGCCAGGAAGAAUUGCGCCACUCAGAUGGAAGGCAACUUUUUAAUCCCCGAGCCAGCAGCCAGGGAGGGAGCUACCCAGGGCUUUUCCCCAGAAGUUCUGCCUGCAGCCAGCAUAGUGAACCUGACGAAGUAGACAAGAUCAAAAGCAAGCUGCUGUCUACCUGGAACAAUAUGAAAUAUGGUUGGACGGUCAGGACCAAAACCAAUUUCAGCAAGCUUUCCCCAGUCCAUCUGUUUGGACACGUCUAUCGCUUUGGACAAGAGGAGGAUGUGGAGCGCUUCCAGAAAGACUUUGCCUCUCGCAUCUGGCUGACUUACCGUCGAGAUUUUCAGCAGCUUGAGGGCACUGCAUGGACCACAGACUGUGGCUGGGGCUGUAUGUUGCGCAGUGGGCAGAUGCUGCUUGCUCAGGGUCUUCUUGUCCAUUUUCUUAGCAAAGAUUGGACCUGGUCAGAUGCCCUUUUCACUACCAAUUUGACAGAUAUGCAGCCCAUGAAAGCUGCCUCCCUGCCCUGUCCCAGCAUCCCCCAUCUGCACCAAACUUCUUCCAUCCCCACUGAUAGGACCAUGGGCCCCUGGGAGUUGUGGGCUCCUCGGCAUGCCUGCAGAUCUGAUGAACUGGAGAAGGAGGGCUACCACCGGAAGAUUAUCUCAUGGUUUGCAGAUCAGCCAGAGGCACCCUUUGGGAUCCACCAACUAGUUGAUCUUGGACGUAAUUCAGGGAAGAAAGCUGGAGAUUGGUAUGGCCCUUCUGUUACUGCCCACAUCCUCAGGAAAGCAGUGGAUUGCUCUUCAGAAGCAGGCAAUCUGGUAGUAUAUGUAUCUCAGGACUGCACAGUGUAUAAAGGGGAUGUGGCAAACCUAGCCAACAAGAAUGAGGGCAGGACUCCAUGGGAUCCUGGUGCGGAAUGGAAAGCAGUCAUCAUCUUGGUGCCCAUGCGGCUGGGUGGAGAGACUUUUAAUCCUGCCUAUGUGGACUGCAUCAAGGAACUGUUGAAAUUAGAUUUCUGCACUGGGAUUAUUGGAGGGAAACCAAAGCACUCACUCUACUUUGUCGGAUAUCAAGAUGACUCCCUGUUAUACUUGGACCCCCAUUACUGCCAGCCUUUUGUGGACACCACCAAGGAGAACUUUCCUCUGGAGUCUUUCCACUGUAACUUCCCUCGAAAAACAGCAUUUACAAAGGUGGAUCCCAGCUGUACCAUUGGGUUCUAUGUACGUCACAGAAUGGAGUUUGAACAUCUCUGCUUGGAAUUAACUCGGGUCCUAAACUAUGCAUCUGCCAAAGAAAAAUAUCCCAUGUUCUCCGUGGUGGAGGGUCGCGCUCGGGAAUAUGGUUUGGAGGAGAUGUGUGCCCACUUUGCCCAGCAAACAGUGCAAGUCCAACGGCAUAGUAAACGGGGCAGGACAAAGAAGCUCUCAGCUGAGGAAUUUGUCGUCUUAUGAUUGCUGGCUAGCCAGACCCACCACCUCUGACUUAUUUAUUUUUUAUUUAUGUAGAGAAUGCAGGCUUGAAGCAGAGCUGCAUCUCUAAAUCCAAGAAAGACAUCUUCUGGGUCCCAGCAGUUAUCUCUGCUUCUCUGACCUGUUGUACCUCAGCUCUUCCUUAUGGGAGAGACUGCAAAAAAAAUUACCUUACUAAACACUUAUGGGGACCUAUCCUCACCUCUGGGCUUCUAACAGAAGGUCAUAACACUGGAAUAAGCCUGCUGAAUGUAAGAAAAGUACUAAAAUGACAGCCUUGACCUUUUUUUGAGUGGAAGGGAACAGUCAGAUGAGGAUCAUUAAGGAGACUGUUAGCUUCAGAUUUGUCUUUCCUGCUGAGAUGAUGAGGACUCUUCAACAGCUGACACAGAUAGCACCAGCCUGAAAACAAAGAGCUUCCUUUUCAUCAAUUCUAGGUUUGUUUCAUAGGCCCUUAAAAAUAAGGAUGAUAAACAGCAGAACAGUGUGGUGUUUUUAAGCUGUAUUUUUGCAUAUAUGGAGGGAAGAGCCUGUGUUAAUUUCAGCUAAAGGCUGAGGAUUUCUCCAAACAGCGAUUCAUUGCAGCAGCUGAAUUGGGGAAAGCAAGACAAGCAUAGAGCCAAGUGGCUGAUGAUGUCUUGCGUUGGCUUGAAUAAACAGUAUUAUAAUAACAUGGGUUCAAAGAACUGAAGGGUUUCCUCUCACUUAGAGGGGGAAGGAUAUUUCAAGUGGGCACCAGGUAAAAUUAAUGUAUCUUGUAGAGUCAUCCUCUCAGGGCAAAGCCUUGAACACUGGUUGUUCUGUUGCAAAAGACUAUUAGUCACCAUUGGUGCACUUCAUGCCAGAUGUCUGAAUUCUCUCCACCAUCACCCAGUACUGUUACGAGUUCUUUCUCUUCCUCAUGGCAUUUUCCCACUUGGAACUAGAUUAUCCAUUUGGGCAGUUGGGCAUAUUGUAUGCCUUUUGUCAGCUAUGUUUUUUCUCAAUUUAGGUGUGGGUGCAGGUGCAGGCAGGUAGACUUGUCCUGUGGAUACUCUGUUGGCAGUUUACUGGAAAGAGAUUCCUCCCUCCAGUGGCAACAGCUCCUCUUUUAGUCAAUAAAAGUUCUUUAUGGAAAU